AUAUAUGUGUGAUCCCUCCUUCGCGUAGAGAUUGGAUGCAGACGCCCUGUUUGGGCUCCUGAUCCGCGCGCCGGGCGCCCCCCCACCCAGCCAGUUUUCAUGCGAGGCUUUGGGUCAUGAUUACAUCCCCCUUGCUUUCUGCCGUAAGAAGUAGUCAGCACGGAGGAGGAGGAGGAGGUGGUGGAGCAGCGGCGGCGGGAGGAGGAGGCGCGAGAGAUCUCGGAAGCAGCAGCAGCAGCAGCAGCUCCGGCUCUGAUCUUCCCUGGCAAAGCGGACACUCUGGGAUUUCUACCAGCGGCGGCAACAGCAGCAGCAGCAGCAGCAAACCUUUCUUCCACUCUGUUCCACCCUCGGACCCUUUGCGCCAGGCGAAUCGGCUCCCCAUCAAAGUCCUGAAAAUGCUUACGGCACGGACUGGACACAUUUUGCACCCCGAAUACCUUCAGCCUUUGCCUUCCACCCCAGUCAGCCCCAUCGAGUUAGACGCGAAGAAGAGCCCGCUGGCUCUCCUGGCUCAGACUUGCUCGCAGAUCGGCAAGCCCGACCCGUCGCCGUCGUCCAAGCUUUCGUCGGUCACGUCGAACGGCAGUGACAAGGACUCUUCCAAGUCGGGCCCGCUGAAACUCAGCGACAUCGGCGUAGAGGACAAGUCCAGCUUCAAGCCUUACUCCAAGCCCGGCGCGGACAAGAAAGAGGCGUCGGCGGGCGUCGGGGGCUCGGCGGCCGCCUCGGGGGGAGGCUCGGGCGGCGGCGGCGGCGGCGGCGGCAACGAGAAGUCGGGCUUCCGUGUGCCGAGCGCCACCUGCCAGCCGUUCACGCCAAGGACAGGCAGCCCCACGUCCAGCGCCUCGGCCUGCUCGCCCGGCCUGCUGCCUGGCACUGACGGCAAGGCCGGCGACGCGGACAAGAAGGACUCUUCCGACGGCUGCGGCGCCAAGGGGGGCUCGGAGCCGUCCGGGGGCCACGGUCGGCUGGGCGCAGGCUGUGGCGGGAUUACUGCGGAGCUGAGCCAAGCGGCCCACGAGAGCGCAAAGGGCCUCCUGGCGUCGUCCUCCUCCUCGUCGUCGUCGUCGUCCGCGUCGUCGGACUCGUCCUCCUGCGGCGGCAGCAACACGGUCACAUCCUCGUCGUCGGCCGCGGCGGUGCUGAGUUCGGGCUUGGUGGCCCCGGUGUCUCCCUACAAGCCCGGCCAGACGGUGUUUCCGCUGCCACCAGCCGGCAUGAGCUACCCGGGCUCCCUCGCUGGAGCGUACGCGGGCUACCCGCCGCAGUUCCUGCCACAUGGCGUGACGCUCGACCCCACCAAGUCCGGCAGCCUGCAGCUGGCCGGUAGCCUGGGCUGCAGCAAAGCCGGCUCCAGCCCUCUGGCCGGCGCGUCCCCGCCAUCGGUGAUGACGGCCAGCCUGUGCCGAGACCCCUAUUGCCUGAGCUACCACUGCGCCAGCCACUUGGCCGGCGCCGCCAGCGCUUCGUGCGCGCACGACCAGGCGCUCAAGUCCGGCUACCCGCUGAUGUACCCGACUCACCCGCUGCACACGAUGCACUCGUCGCUGAGCGGAGCCACGCCGCCCUCGCUGGCAGGCCACCCCUUGUACCCUUACGGCUUCAUGCUCCCCAACGACCCCCAGCCGCACAUCUGCAACUGGGUGUCGGCCAACGGACCGUGCGACAAGCGCUUCUCCACGUCGGAAGAGCUGCUCAGCCACUUGCGGACUCACACGGCCUUCCCGGGCACGGACAAGCUGCUGUCCAGCUACCCGAGCUCCACUUCCUUAGCCAGCGCGGCGGCAGCGGCCAUGGCUUGCCACAUGCACAUCCCCACCACCGUUGCCCCCGGAAGCCCCGGCACCUUGGCUUUGCGCAGCCCGCACCACGCCUUGGGACUCAGCAGCCGCUACCACCCUUAUUCAAAGAGCCCCUUGCCCACCCCGGGAGCCCCCGUGCCUGUCCCGGCGGCAACGGGACCGUAUUACUCCCCUUACGCACUCUAUGGGCAAAGACUGACGACAGCGUCCGCUUUGGGAUAUCAGUGAGUUUUUUGGGGGCUUCUUUUGAUUUUUUUUUGGUUUUUGUUUUGGUGGUCGAAAGGGUGUGGGGUGGGGCGAGAGGAAUUUCAAGCAACGGUUCUCGUUGGGCGGGGGAGAGACGGGGGAGAAGAACAGAAAGCAACCUUUCAAAACUUUCUUUAAAAAAAUCCCACAAAAGAACAGAAAAUUGAAAUUUGACUUUUUUAUAUAUAUAUAAAGAUAGUGUUCAUCUUGAGGACUGGAUCCAUGGGCACUGUAUUUAUUUAUGUUAGCUUCAAGCGGGACAAUGAAUCAAUAAAAGUGCAUUACAUAACUUCAGCUCGAUAGGCUUAAAGGAGAAAAGAAAAGAGAAAAAAAUUAAAAGUGGAAACACCCGU